AUGCCAAAACGUCCCGCCCCGCACGUCUCCUCCGGCGAAAGCCAUAACAAUAAUCAUCAUAACCCCCGACAACCAAAAAAACCACGACAUGCAUCAUCAUCAUCAUCAUCAUCAUCAACAACAAACCCGCAUCAUCGUCAAAAGCCCGGCGGGUUCACAGUCGGUCCCGCAAACCUCCCAGACGGAACAUUUCGAAGAAAAGCACAAAAGAUAAAAAAGGGUUUAAUCCACCGGGCGAAGUUAUGGAAAGGGUUGGAGAAGAUUAAACGGGAGGGAGGGAUUGUUUCUACGAAUACUGGGGGACGUAAACGUGGGAAUGGUGGAAAUGAUGAUGAUAACGAUGAUGAUGAUGAGGAUGAAGCUGCGGUGAGAGCUAGAAGGAGGAUGGAAAGAGCUAUGCAGGACGAUGGUGGAGAGAGCGACGACAACGACGACGAUGAUGAUAAUGAUAAUGGAAGUGAAAUCAUUGAACAUGAUGUUCCAAACGUCGAAAAUGUGGAAUCAUCGGAUGAGGAUAAACCGGCACCCACCAAUGAUGACGAAGAAGAAGAUCCACAUACACACCCUUCACGAAAACAACAUACCCGCCGUCCCCGACAAUCCCGUUACAAAAAUGAAAUCUCAAUCUCCAAAAAAGUUAGAGAAGUGAAAGCUGAAAGGGAAAGAAUUGAAAAGGCAAAGGCCGCGGCUAUCGAAAGAAGGGAAAUGGAUAGGAAGGCCAGGAAUAAGGCUAUGGGUGCAGGCAGGGGGGCGAAAACUGGCACGGGACAGAUGAAGCUGGGGAGACAGAGUAAAGGACUGUUGGAUAAGGUCGAGAGAAUGGUCAAAGGGUGA